AUGGCUCGUCCAACAGCUGACAGAAUGAGAGAGAAAAUUGAACUCGGUCAUUUCAUACGAGAUCUUUUUCAAGCUGGAUUAGCUACUACCAGCAGCACUAUUAGUUGGGCUAUGCUAUGUUUUGGUCACUAUCCAGAAUUCCGAGAAAAAAUAGCAGAGGAAAUUUCAGAAACAAUAGAUCAGACAUAUAAUUCAGCCAAUUAUUGGGUUUGCACGAACUUAUGGGCAGUUCAUCACAAUUCUGAUUAUUUUAAAAACCCCGACGGUUUUCGACCUGAGAGAUUUCUCGACAGUGACGGUAAAUUCAUCCACUUAAAUCACGUGAUAGCGUUUUCUGUCGGCUCUCGUCGCUGUAUUAGAGAAAAGCUUGCAAGGAUGCCAACUUUCUUGUUGAUAGCAGGAAUUGUACAGAAGUUGAGAGUUGUGAUGGAUCCUGACAAUCCAUCUCCCAUCUUUUUACAAGGGUCGAAACAGUUUUGUAACCUAUGA